GAAAAGUUAGAAAAUAGCUUUUCAUUUUCACAUUUUGCAAAAAGAAAGGGCAAUAGGAAAACACAGUUAAAUCAACUGAAUGAGCGCAUGGAUUUCAUCUGAGGAAUUUUUAAGUGGCCGUGCUGUCACCUGGAUCCGCCGUGGUCUUGUUUUUCUAGGUAUCUUUGGUGUAGGGGGCGACUACUAUCAAACACACUAUUACCGUGCUUUUGAUCCAGCCGAAGGUAGACCCUAUGUGGUGGACUGUAGCCCGAUAGGUCGUUACCGAGCUCAGAUGUUUCUAAUUCCGAGUAACAAUUAUUCAAACUAUAGUCCGUGGACACCACGCAACGGGGAUGUCGUGAUUGCGCGAGAGGUGGAAGUAGAAAAAAACUUCUUACAACUUCUCAAUGGGCGUUUUGUGGAGAAGCAGACAUGUGGAGUGCCGCUGCUGCGGCCCCUUGAAGAAGUAGAGCGAGAGAAGAAGGAGGAACAGGAACUUCAGCGGAAAUACUACGAGAUGGAGUAUGCAUCCGAAGGGACGCAUAAAAGCUUCCUUGAAAGCUUCUCCAGAUGA